AUGGAAGACAAAAGAAGACUCGUCGAGAAGGAGGUCGAGGGCCUUCGCUCCAUCGCCUUCUUCGGCAUCUCCGUCACGUGAGUUCCGCUUCUUCCCGUUUUCUGAUUCAAUUCGCUGCCUUUUCUAGCAUCGCUGCUGCCAUGAUCGCAGUCAUCGCCAUUCCUGCCUUCUACAGCUACGUGCAGCAUGUCCAGUCCAAGCUCGAUUCCGAGGUUUCUUAUGGAUUCUCUCUUUCUUCUUUCUCUCAUCGUUACAUUUUCAGGUUGACUUCUGCAAACACCGUUCUCUGAGCCUGCACAAUCAAUACGAGGUCGUUGAGGAAUUCACCGGAGUAGCCUCCAAGUUCGUCGUCAAGAGAGAAGCUCACAAGGGAAUGAGCAAGAGACGUGUCGCCCGUAGAAAGGUUCUCAGAAGACGUCAGGCCGAGUGCUGCUCUUGCGGUGUCGGAGGUCCAGGACCACAGGGACCACCAGGACGUGCCGGAAACGACGGAAACGACGGAUCGGCUGGAAACGAUGGAUCUCCAGGACAGGACGGAUCUGACUCGUACGAGCAUCAGCAACAGAGAAACUACUGCUUCGAGUGCCCAGAUGCUCCAGCUGGACCCCCAGGAACUCCAGGACAGCCAGGACAGCCAGGAAACGACGGACGCCCAGGACAGAACGGAGGACCUGCCCUUCCAGGACCAGCAGGAGCGCCAGGAGCCCCAGGAGCUCCAGGACAGGACGGAAACCCAGGAAACGACGGACAGCCAGGACAGCCAGGAGAGAGCCGCGAAGUUCCAGGAGCUCCAGGACCGGCAGGACAGCCAGGACAACAGGGAGACGCCGGACCAGCCGGACCAGAUGGAAGACCAGGACAGCCAGGACAAGCUGGACAGCCAGGAGGACCAGGAGAGUCUGGAAGCGAUGGACAGCCAGGACAGCCAGGAGGACCAGGAGAGGACGGAGAGGACGGAGCUUCCGGAUCCUCUGGAUCUUGCGAUCACUGCCCACCUCCAAGAACGGCCCCAGGAUAUUAG